AUGGUCUCCUUCCGCCGCCUCGUCGAUCUCUCAGAGGACGAGCUCGAUGCGGUCGUCCAAGUGCUCCUCGCCGCGUUCAAGGACGACGUCGGCAUGUCCUCCCUGAGCGGCAACUCCACUCGCGUGCUCGCCGACAUCUGCAGACGAACCGUGCGCGCAUGCUCCAAAGUCGGCGAGGUCCACGUUGGCCUCGUCGACGGGCGGAUACAGAGCGUGGUGGCCUGGACAGCACCCGGGCAGGACUGGCAGUGCUACCAGCAAGCCGACUUCAUGGCCAACCUCUCGUCCUAUCUGAAUGAAUGGUAUAUGUACCAUUACCAACCUACGUACGAAGACCUAUAUGCGACCGCCUUCUCCGCCGGAGAGCGCACCCGCCGCGAUGCGCUCUACCUCAACUUCCUCGCCGUACAUCCAGACCACCAGCACCGCCGAAUUGGCAAACAGCUACUGAGCUUCGCCUGCAAGCAGGCCGACGCGACCGCGAAACGCAUGGUCGUCGACGUCAAGAGCCCAUUUCUCGUCUCCUGGUUCCGAAAAUCCGGCUUCAUCCACCGGGCGGUCAAGAACUUCAGCUCGCGCGACUCCGCCGGCUUCCCGCUCUGGUGCAUGGUCCGCGAGCCCGAGGGCAAACGCUGA